UGUACAAUUUUCUCUUCAACGAUUUUUGCCCGAGAAGUCUAUUUUCUCCUUCCUCCUCGCUUGAGGAAGAGGAAACUUCCGCACUUCUGAUCUUUUGCGUGUUUUGUGUCGAAGCCCCCCUCCUUUGAUGGUCUUUCUUGGGAUGAAAUCGGGCUUUCGUGUUUACCUGGAAGCCGCAGGGGCACGGGUAGAUAAUCGCCGGACCUUGCCUCUCAGUUGCCCCCUCCCUGCUGCAGGUCUGCAGCUCUAAAUGCCCUAAACUCUGUGAGCUGACGAAGUCGAGCUCAGGAAGACUUUGAGGACUCUUUUGAUCGGAGCUUUGAAGAAAAGAAGCGAGCCACAGGUGUGUCGGAUGAAAGGACAGGUAAAGCUGCUGCAGCGGCAGGGUGAUGCAGACGGAAUGUACUAACCUCCUGUUCCACCUUGCAUCCACCCUGCUGCAAAAGAACAAUAGGAAACUUUUUUUUUUUUUUUUUUUUUUUUGCUGAACAAGAGGUGUGAUUACGAGGUCACCUGUGUUUCUGGCUGUCCACGGGAAGACUUUUAAAGGCGAUAGUUGUGAUUGCAUCUCAUAACCUGGAGUGAUAAGUCUAAAUGAUGGAGUGGCGUGAGCAGUCCUCCGUCAGCAGUGAGGAAGCAUACUUGGAGGCGCAAAGAUGGAUCGAGGCAGCAACCAAGAAAAAAUUUGGGAACGGCGACUUCCGAUCAGCCCUGGAGAAUGGAGUUCUGCUGUGUGAUCUGAUAAACAAGAUCAAGCCUGGCACCAUCAAAAGGGUCAACAGGCUCCCUACACCUAUUGCUGGACUGGACAACCUUAACGUCUUCCUCAAGGCCUGUGGGAAGCUUGGACUAAAGGAGGCGCAGCUCUUUCAUCCUGGGGAUCUGCAAGACUUAUCCACCAGAGUGACAGUAAAGCAUCAAGAGACAAACAGGAGGCUGAAAAAUGUUUUAAUCACCAUUUACUGGCUGGGUAGAAGAGCUCAGAGUGAUCGUUUCUAUGAUGGACCUUACCUAAAUUUCAAGGCCUUUGAGGGACUAUUAGGCACCGCACUAUACAAGGCUCUGCAGGAAUCAAACAGUCAGAAGAGCUCCAGUGUUCGAGACAGCGGUUUUGGAGACAGUUGGUACUCUGAGCGAGAGGAGAUCUAUUCACUGAGAGGAGGUGGAGGCGGAGGAGGUGGACACAGGAGGGACGACUCGUUGGACAGUUUGGACUCGCUGGGCUCGAGACCCCACAGCAUCUCAUCUGACGUCACUCUCAAAGGCAGCAGCGAGGGUUGUUGCAGCGACCCCGAGGCAGACUCCAUCUUCAGGAUGGCUGACAACAAGAACAGCCUCAGCUACCGCAGGUCACUAGUCAUCACGCCUAAAUCCAGCGGCCAGUUUAACCAGUUCCUGCCCACUAAAGACAAGCAGUCGGGCUAUGUGCCAGCUCCGCUGAGGAAGAAACGGGCUGAGCGCAACGAGGACAGCCGGCGUAGCUGGGCCAGCUCCAGCUUUGCAGAAGAUGAAGCCACGCUCACCAGACAGCAGCAAACGCAAGAAAGUUCUGAUGGGAGCAAAUCAACAAGCGACAUCCAGGUGGACCCCUCAAUCAUCCGGCAGAAUCGCUUCGAAGAGCUUCAGAAGUACCGCGAACAGAUUAAAGAGAGUGAGGAUAGGUGGCAAGAUGACCUGAGCAAAUGGAAAAACCGGCGCCGGAGCGUGAACUCUGAUAUAGUGAAGAAGAAGGAGGAGCGGGAGAAGAUAGAGCAGAUCACGUACGGCAGCGACGGCAGGUCCAAGUCCUUCAAGGAGGUCCAAGAGGAGAGAGAGACUAAAAAAAAGAACAGCAUCGGCAGCCGCCUAUCAUCUCUCUCGUACUUGGACGACGACGACUUAUUUGAGAAACCUGCAAUUCGCGCGCCGAUCCGAUCGCUUCCAGCAAGAAGCUACACCAUCGACGUUCUCUCGUGUUCCCCAGAGCCCUCCGAGCCUUCUCCGAAAGCCGAGGAGCCCCCCACUGCUUUCCCACGCACUCGCAGACUGCCUUCGCCUCCCACUCCGCAGGAAACCGUGGACGGUCCUGCAGCCAGAAACUCCCCCACUACCACCAACCAGUCUCCAGCAGCUGCAUCCUAUCAGAAGAGUCCAGUGGAGGAACGCGACCCCAUAAAAUACACAGAGAAGACUACAAGGGACGUAGCCCCCCACUCCUCCUUCGCCUCCACCCAGAAGGAGCUCGAGCCAAGGCCCUCAUUAUUGGGAGCACCGAUUGGGGUGGAGGCCCCCUCUUCCAGCUCUCUGGACAGACAAGCACAGUUGAGCUCGAUGGAACCCAAGCCUCCCGCCGUGUCUCGGGUUUCCGCCUCUCUCCCCAGAAGUUACCAGAGAUCGGAUAGCGCGCGGCUAACCUCGGUCAUCGCUCCGAGGCCCUUUGGGACCCAGCCGUCCCGCAUCUCCUCUCUUUCCAGAGCCCACACGACGGACGAAUCCCACAAGGGUGUCAAUGGCAACGUCGAUGUUUCUAAGAAGGCGUCAGUGCCGAGCCGGUAUCACCAGUACAUGACCUCAGAGGACGAGGCUCAGUCCAGUUCUGCACACAGCAGCGAUGAAGAGGAGGAGGAAGAGGAAGAGGAGAAGGCCACAGCGAAGGGCCUGUCCUCGACUCAGAGCAUCAGAUCUCUCCCGUCUCCUGUCAACAGUGAAGUCUCAGUCAGUCCUGCUCCUGGCAGAGAAACCAGCAAGGAGGAUUUCUGUGAGAUGCGAAUCAGCCUGAACCAGAAACCCAACAGCAGCCGAGACUUUGGCUUCCAGGCUGCCUGGGACUCAACGGGAGCUCGGGUCACGUCCAUCCAACCAGGUAGCUCGGCCGAGAUGUGCCAGCUGCAGGUCAGGGACGAAGUGCUGACGGUGAACGGGCUCCGGGUGGCACAAAUGAGUUACGAGCAGUGGAAGUCCAGCUUGGAGGAGGCCCUGCAGAAGGGCAGCCUGGUCAUGGAUGUGCGCCGUCACGGCCAGCACAACUGGGACAGAGAUCAACCUUCCCUGCCAUUUAAAAGCCAUAAGACCAUCAAUCUGACCAGUACGGAUCAUCCGACACUUCUAGGUCCCCCUGAGACAAGGACCGCCAACACCAGCCUGGAUUUCACUUCUCGUACCGUCACAGAAUCGGUGCUGGCUAAAGAGCCCCCCACUCUUCCUCUGGUGGACGUGGCUUCAAACAGAGUUAAUGGGGACUUCCAAGACCAACCAGUGACCAUGAGGAACAAAGAAUCAGAACCAAUAUCUUUGAAAAACUUAAAACGGAGAUCAGAGUUUUUUGAACAAGGAGGAUCGGAGUCUGCGAUGCCAGAUAUUCCUGUUCCUGCAAUCACUCCAACUUCCUCCAGCCGCUGGUCCUGGAACCCAGAAGAAGAACGCAAGAGACAAGAGAAAUGGCAGAAGGAACAAGAGCUCCUCCUACAGGAAAAAUACAAGCGUGAUCAGGAGAAGCUGCAGGAGGAGUGGCUCAAGGCUCAGCAGGAGAUUGUCACAAGCGUGGACCACCAGGUGAACAGCCACAGCGUCAGCCCACACUCGCCCCCAUCUUCUCUCCAACAGCCCACUCUGUGGGAAGAGGAGGAGAGGCAGAGGAAGGUGGAGCAGGAGCGCCAGCGGCAGGCAGAGGAGAGGAGGAGGAGGGAAGAGGAGGAGCGGGAGCUCCAGCGACUCCAGGAGGAGAGGAAGAGAAGAGAAAUGCAGGCGGAGGAGGAGAGGGAGAAAAAGGAGGUGGAAUUGAGAAUGCAAAGGACGAGAGAGGAGGAGCUAAGAAAGAGGGAGGAGGAGCAGAGAAGGAGAGAGGAGGAGCAGAGGAGGAGAGAGGAGGAGCGGGAGAAGGAGCAGAGGCAGCAGGAGGCGGCGGAGCAGCAGCGCAGGCAGAAAGCCUUCGAGCAGCAGAGAUGGGCCGCUGUCUCCCACGACUUUGAAAGUGCUCAGCCACCACUGUCCUUUACUGACAGGACAAAAUCCCAGUCAUCUCCCCAGCUGGAUGAUGACGACAAACCUCAGAGGAGAGCGGUGGGAAGCACAGCUCCUGACGGGAGGAGUCAGCAGCCGCAGUCGCAGGCCGAGCUGGAGCGCCAGCAGAUCCUGAAUGAGAUGAAGAAGAAGACGGCGCUUCUGACGGACAGCAGCUGGAUCCGACAGCGCUCCGCCAGCACGGCCGUCAACAGGGACAGCGACAUGCCGCCUGUGCGCAGAGGGGAAUCUCUUGACAACUUGGACUCCUCCUAUGACUCUCGGCGUUCAUCCUGGACUCCCAGAAGCAGCUCUUUUGCCUCAAACUACUCUCGGCUGUAUUCUGGCUACUCUGGCAGCUCUUCCUUUUACACCGGCGCGUCGGGGCCCCGCCGGCCAGUCUCCUCCACCCUGCCCCCCUCCUUCUCUACGGGCUCCCUCCGCGGUGGGGCAGGAACCUACUCGUCCCCUUGGUCCCGUCCGUCCCCCACCCCUUCCACUCCGUCACCAAUCACCUCUCCAGAGCCCGCACCUGACGCCUAUCAGCAGCGGAACAGGUCAGUGAGUGGCAGGAAAACCUGCACGUUCUGUGACACCCCGCUGGGAAAGGGAGCAGCCAUGAUCAUCGAGUCCCUCGGGCUCUGUUAUCAUUUGGGCUGUUUCAAGUGCAUCGACUGCAAGUCCGACCUCGGAGGCUCGGAGGCCGGGGCCGAAGUCAGAAUACGAAACAAGCAACUCUUCUGUAACACCUGCUACAUGCGAGUCAAAACUGGCCAGCCAACAUCCAUGUGAUGCAGGCAUGCUGCAGCAGAUCGACGAGGAGACUACAUGUGACAACAACCCAUGAACUUUAAAGUGAAAGCCAUUGCAAUAAUAAGCCGGACCUCUGGUGUCUUUAAUUGUACUGAUAAGAUAAAGAUUUCAAAAGAAGUUAUCUACUUUUAUCAUGAUAUCGUAUGACGCAUUAUAACUGUACAAAUGCUCCACAUUCCCUAUCUAUAUUUUAUUUUUAUUUUUUAUGUUUCAGCCAUAGAUUUAUCUCUGCGAGAUUCCAGGAGAGCUUGCUUUCCCGACUCCAUUUAGACAGAUUUUGUAAAUGUGGUGAGAGAAAACUGCAGGAUCAUGCUUCUUUUCUAUGCGUGUCUGGUGGUAUUAAUUUGCCCAUUAGGGGGGAAAAAAGGUAUGCUUUACCUUUUUUGUGAAUGUGGCUCUGUAUUUGUAAGAGACAAAGGAAAUAAAAUUAUUAGGAUUCUUUAAUGCAUCGUGUUUAAAAAUGACGGCCUAUCUAUGAAAAGACUUCACGUCAUUCUGUACUGAAUUAAGGCAAAGAAUAACCCUGUAAAUAAAUGACUAAAUCCUCA